AUGAAUAUAUGGCUAUUUUACUCACGCGAGGUCUCUCAGAUCGUUGAGUGGGCUUUCGGAAAGCGCAUGACCCCCGCGGAGCGUCUGCGCAAACACCAGCGCGCCUUGGAUCGAACCCAGCGUGAACUCGACCGAGAGCGGGUGAAACUAGAAAAUCAAGAGAAGAAGCUAGUACAAGACAUCAAGAAGAGUGCCAAAAAUGGGCAAGUUGGAGCCUGCAAGAUCCAAGCCAAAGACCUGGUUCGGACACGGAGAUAUAUCCAGAAGUUCUAUCAAAUGCGCACCCAAUUACAGGCUAUCUCGCUCCGCAUUCAGACCGUUCGAAGCAAUGAGCAAAUGAUGCAAUCUAUGAAAGGAGCUACGAUGCUUUUGGGUAGUAUGAACAGACAGAUGAAUCUCCCGGCACUCCAACGGAUUGCGAUGGAAUUCGAACGAGAAAAUGACGUUAUGGACCAGCGGCAAGAGAUGAUGGACGAUGCGAUCGACGAGGCCACAGGAAUGGAAGGUGAAGAGGAAGAAGGUGAAGAUAUUGUGAAGGAGAUUUUGGAUGAGAUUGGCGUCGAUCUGAACCAGGCGUUUGGCGAAACACCCGCAGAAAUACAAAAAGCACCAGCGAAUGAAACUCGGGUUGCGCAAGCCAUCGGAGGGGGAGGCAACACGAGCGAUGAUGACCUCCAAGCAAGACUAGACAGCCUUCGGCGAUGA